AUGGAAUCACGUUUGAGUGCAUGGCUUACGUAUGUCUUGGGUCUAGACCAGGAUGAAAAUGAGACUAUAAACACGGAUAAUAGCACCGCAACUCAAGACUCAUUAACACUUGGCGUUUCUUCCUUGAGCGCUCUUAAAAUACCAUUGAAAGAAUUACUUGCACAUGGAUCAUAUUCAAAACAAGCGCUGGCAUUAUUCCGUUGCAUUUCAUUACUGCUCAAAAAAUUUCCUGUUGGCACCAAUACUAUUAAAGAGUGGUUGAUGCUAACCAUCUUUCGGCAAUCAAUUGUUGACGUUAACAUGAUCAAAGAAGUGUUUGAAUUGUUUCUUCAAAAUACGUGUCUUGAAAACGAUUCCGCAUUGCUUCAGAAAAUAUUGACAGAAACGGCUCGAGAAUUUGGGGAAAUUGUUAUAGAUGAAGACUUGAAUGAAGACGAGCAGCCACAACUGGAGUUCCCGAUUGUCUGUCAGGAAACGUACGUUGAAACGUCAUUAGAGCAGAUAGAAUGGUGUUUUGUUCAUUGCACAUCUUUUUCUGCCGAACCAGAAAUGAUCGAGGCUUCGCUAAAUGAGCGGCUCAUGAGUCGCUUUGUAAAAAUGAUUACCAUGAUAGGCGAACUUGAAAAUGCGUGUGUUCCAGUAGUUGUUUCUGACCUUUUACUCCGGUGUAUUGCAAAAACAUACCGAUUACUUACAAUUAUUACAAAAAUGAGAUUAAAGGAUGUGUCAUCUCAUCUUUCUCCAGGCUUCAUUCAGCUUGUCAAAACAGCGUCUGUAGGCUUAACUCAACGGCUUUACUCUCUUAUUCCAUAUCUGCAACAGCGUGAUGGGGAACUAUUGCAAACUAAAAAGAAGAACAAGGAAAAACAGCAGCUUGGAAGUGAUACUAAAAUGAUUCCAAAUGUAAUUUACCAUAUUGAGCAAUACGAACGCCAUUUGAUUCAGUUGAGCAAGCGGAGCAAAGUUGAUUUAGGACAUUUUAUCAAGCGAUCUACUGCGCGCGAUUUUCGAAUUCAAAUCAAGAAUAUUGAAGUGCAAGACAAGGAGCACGAGACUAUCUCGCAAGCAAAACGAGCUCGCUUAGCCGAAUCAUGA